GAUUGAGACGGAGAAUCAUGUUAAUUAUGCUUAUUAAAGCGUUAAUUAUGCUUAUGCCUGCAAAAUCCAAAGGUCAUUUUAGUAAUUGAAUCAACAUUAAUUAACAGUAUAAAAAUAAUUUUUCUUACUUUUUCUUUCUCAGUUCUUCCUCGUCGUCUUCCACUAUAUAGAACUCUGCGCAUUACUCUUCCGAACCAAAACCGAAUCUUCUAUUAUCAGCUUCCGAGUUGAAUCGUUCACUGAGUCUAACUACCGAGUUUCAUAACUUCACAGAUCUUCGUUCUUCAAAUAUGUUCGACGGUUUGCUCAGUCGUGGUUUCGCCGCGAAAUGUAAAUCGUUGAUUAAAUUGACGAAGAAUCGGAUCGAUGUGAUAAGGAGGAAGAGGAAAGCGACGGAGAAGUUUUUGAAGAAAGAUAUGGCUGAUCUGUUGGCGAAUGGUUUGGAUGUUAAUGCUUAUGGCAGGGCUGAAGGACUUAUUGGUGAGUUGACAUUGACAGCUUGUUAUGAUUUUGUUGAGUGGACGUGUGAUUUUGUUUUAAAGCACCUCUCAGUGCUGCAGAAAUUGAGUGGAUGCCCUGAGGAAUGCAGGGAGGCUAUAGCGUGUAUGAUUAUUGCUGCUGCAAGAUUUUCUGAUCUACCUGAGUUACGCGACCUUCGGCAAAUAUUUCAGGAGAGAUACGGAAACUCCCUAGAAUGUUACGUCAAUCAAGAGUUUGCUGCAAAUUUGAAUCCAAAGUCUUUUACUUUGGAGCAGAAGGUUCGCUUGAUGCAAGAGAUUUCUUCAGAGUUUUCAAUAAAGUGGGACUCCAAAGCUUUUGAACUGAGGAUGUCAAAAUCCUCUGCUUCCGCACAGGGCCACAAUACUUAUAAAUCUGACCAUUCAGUUGGUUAUAAUAAAUCAUUACAAGGCAAGGAUGCGGUUUUGUUACAGAAAAGUCCUGACUAUUCUAACGACGGGCACAAUUUUCGGAAUGGCAAGGAAGCUGCUGUCUCAAAAGGAGAUGAAAAUCAUCUUCAUCUCAAAUCCAAGCUCUCUGAAAAAGGAUACAAGCCAAUAAGUAGGCAUGAUGAAGUCAGUAUGCCGAGGGAUAGCCAUGGCAAUCCGUUACCAGGAAGAGAAGAGCUUACUUCUCAGAAAGGUGGCUAUUGGAAGGAGGGUAGUAUGCUAAAACCACCAUUUGGGUGUUCUUCCCAGGAUAAGAGAGUGCAACAAUUCGACAAUGGUUCUGAUUUACAUAAUAAAUGGGGGAAUGCCACCCGUGUGAGAGAAAGCCAGGACACUGCCACUGCUAGGAAGUCUCCAAAUCAUGCAGGAAUUCAUUCAAAGAGCAGUUUGAACGAGCCAUUUGCUGUUAAUCAUGUUGGCCUACCUGAUCUUGAUAACUCUCAGAGAAAAGUUCAAAAGGAUGAAACUCCUAGAAAUGCCAUCCCACCACCUUAUGUAAAACCUAAUUCCAUCCCAUACAGUAAUGCCAUCCCACCACCUUAUGUAAAACCUAAUUCCAAACUAAAAAACAACACACGUAUUGACAAUGAUGGCAUCCCAACAACUCCUUCAAUACAUCAAAAGCCUGAUGCUGCUUCUACAACAGAGAGAAUCCGAUCCAGUUUGGAUAAUUCUGAACAGGAUUUGCAGGCCUCUAGACAUGCUCGACUGAGUAAACAGGAUUAUGAGAAAGAACCCCCUGUCCGUGAAGAUGCUGAAGAAAUCCCUGUAUUAAAACAAAAAUCUAUGAGGCGGAAGCACUCGAAAUCAAGGUCUACACACAAUGAUGCCAAUAAGGAAGAUUCUGAAGUUGCAAGAAAAUCAAGGAGCAGGAGACGAGACGAAUCAAAACGUGGCCUACAAAUUUUGUUUGACGAUGAGCAACAUAAAAAAGAUGAAGAGGAAAGGGUAAUAGAUAGAUUACUGCUCCACUAUUGCAAAAAGCCAUCAUCUGUCUCUGGGCAUGAGAAAGCAAGAAGAAGGUCUAAAAGUCGCCAUGCACACCAAAUUGAUGAUGGGCCUGAUAAGACACCAGAUAUGGUCCCUCGUGCACGAUCAGUUUCCCUUCCUCAUGAUCAAACACAAGAGGCGGAAGUCAACAAAGUGUUUACUCGAGCUGCUUCGUUUCAGCCAGAUAGAUCUAAAGAAGCUCGACACGUGCAUCCCAAGUUACCUGAUUAUGAUGAUUUAGCUGCUAGGCUUGCGGCCUUGAGAGGAACAUAAGGGAGAGAAACAAUAUACAUGAAUAAAUACUCUUUUUUUACCUACAUAAUUGUGUGAUCAUCGUAUUUUAAUCUGAUGUACCGUUGGGGUAUUGAUGAAGAUUUCACGGUGAUACUUUGAUAAUUUGAUUACAAAUUGUUGACUUUUCUAGAGCUGAAAUAUUAUCAAUCAGCCAUGGCUAUGCCUGUGUUGGUGGUAUGCAAUUGUUCAGUCAUCAUUUUUACUAAUGGUGGUAAAUGGUAGUGCAUGCACAACAUUAAUUCAUAUUUUUUUUUAACCUUGUA